AUGGGUGAGGACGAGUGGGCUCCAUUUUGUGACGAGUACGUACCCUUUCAUGUUGAUGGCCUCUGCCUGACUUUAGCUGCCAGGGAAGAGUGGGGUCUCGCUGAGUGGCUUGUAAAAAGCCUUGGGCAGACUCGAACCGAUGAAUUUCUAAAGUUACCGAUUACCCGAAACCGAAUGCAAGCUUCAUUCCACAACAACCGAUCAUUCCUCAAGAAGGUUGAUGAACUCCUGCAUGGAGCCGCCUGGAGCCGUAAGAAGAUUAGCAUUCAGGGAAAUAGAACGGACGAAAAAGGCGAACCAUUGCACGAAGAUGUUGAACUGUGGAUGCGCAAUCCUGUAGAGUGCAUCAAGGACUUGAUCGGAAAUCCUUUGUUCAAGGAUCAAAUGGUGUACACACCUGCUCGCGCAUACACGGACUCUGCAGGACUCCACCGGGUGAUAGACGACAUGUGGACUGCAGAUUGGUGGUGUGACAUGCAAAAAAAGGUGCCGGAAGGAGCAACCAUCGCGCCAAUUAUUCUUGCAACAGACAAAACGAGUCUGUCGCAAUUCCGAGGCGACAAAACGGCAUAUCCUCUUGACUGCUUUACACCUGAUGAAUGCUCCCUCGCCAACUACCGACUAUUCCAUCAUUGCAUGUCCCUCCUCCUUCAACCCCUUGCUGCAGGUGAAGACGGCGUUGAAAUGGUGUGUGCUGAUGCGUUGAUCCGUCGAGUGUAUCCGAUCCUUGCCGCGUAUUGUCUGGUGGCGUGUUGCAAGGAAAACCGCUGUCCAAAAUGUGUAGUUGCGGCGGAUGAAAGAGGCGAUCCACUGGAUUCGCCGAUGCGGGAUCCUGCAGUCAUAAAGGGGAUAUUAGAGAAGCGAAAGACUGGUCACCAUCCUGCUGAAUUUGAGGAAUUUGGACUACGCACCGUCUAUGCUCCAUUUUGGGCUAAUCUCCCCCACUCUAACAUGGCCUUUACACCCGACCUCCUACACCAACUCCACAAAGGCAUCUUCAAGGACCAUUUAGUUAAGUGGUGCCUUGAUAUUGUUGGCGAAGAAGAAAUGGACGCACGGUUCAAAGCGAUGCCUGAUUAUCCCGGUCUGCGGCAUUUCAAGAAGGGAAUAUCUAUGGUAAAGCAGUGGACGGGGACAGAACACAAAGAGAUGCAGCGUGUAUUUGUUGGGCUACUUGCUGGCGCUGUCCCUAGCCAAGUGUUAGUAGUUGCGCAAGCACUUCUAGAUUUUUCAUACUAUGCUCAGCUUCGAGUUCACUCAACUGAAUCCCUCAAUGGCCUGGAAAGCACUCUGGCGAUAUUUCACGCCAACAAGGACGUCUUGCAGCAACUCAAUAUUCGCAACCAUUUUAAUAUUCCCAAAUUACAUCAGCUCUCUCACUACGUUCAGUCUAUCCUAUUGUUUGGUGCUACAGACGGCUUUAACAGUGAACUUCCAGAACGUUUGCACAUCGACUUCGCCAAAGAAGCGUAUCGCGCCAGUAACAAGUGCGAUUAUGAAGAACAGAUGGCCUUAUGGCUCCAGCGCCAGGAGGCAGUCUUCCUGCGUGGUUCCUACCUCAACUGGCUGUUGGAACAGUCUCAGUCGGCACCAACCAAUUUCACUCAUGACCACGGAUAUGACUCGGACUCGGACUCAGAGAUGGAAGGGCCAAACACUACGCCUGCAUACCCUCAGCGUUUGGUUCAGCACCUCGUCACUGCACAUGGUGCAUCCAUGUUCCUCCCAGCCCUUAAGUUGUUUCUGCGCAACCACAUGCCGCACGCUAUCAUUGCCCCUGGUCUGCAAGACCGUUUCGAUGUUUUUCGACAGGUAGUAAUCACUGCUCCGCCUAAUCCACUCAUCAGUGAAUCACCGGGGCAGUGGCGUGUUAGAGCCACGCCUGAAGUGCUUCCUGGACGUGGACGCAAGCCUGGAUCUCCCGCUAAGUUUGAUAUGGCCCUGACAAGCAAUGGCAUUCAGCCAUGCACUUUAGAAGGUAUGCGAGUGGGACAGGUUCGCGUUAUUUUCACUCUGCCGCGUCAAUUUGGGACCUACUCGCGAGCCUUAGCUUACAUUGAGUGGUUCACACCACUCAGGGAGCCAGACCGCUCAUCUGGCCUGCACCAAUUGUCGUGUUCGACUCGUCGGCUGCACCGGAAUGCAGCGGUGAUACACAUCGAUGAAAUCGCUCGUCCUUGCCAUCUUAUUCCAAGGAUGGGACAAACUGUUGACCGUGGAUGGACUAGCGCAAAUGUCUAUGAGUCCACAAGUGAUUUUUACUUAAAUAGCUUUAUUGACCUUGAUACAUUCUGCAUGUCCACUAUUGAUUAG